GUAAUGAUGAAUACUGGGCACCAAAUCCAGGGAUACGGUCGUAAGGACUGUAUGACGAAGUUCUUAAACCCUAACACGAAAUUCCCCAAUUAAACUUCCCGCUAACAUUAACCAAUUUCUUUCACCCUGUCUCAAAUCUGGAUGUUAAAUCUAUGUUAUUAUUAUUAUUAUUAUACGGGCUAGGGUAGCAGUGUUAAUUUUCGCCGUAGACGAAGAUGAUGCCAGGCGGCGAUCCAUUGCAGCACCACCACCAUCACCAACAACAGCCACAACAACAUCACUACCAUCAACAACAGCAGCAUCACCCACCGCCACCACCUAAUCAGCAGCACCAACACCAGCAACCAUUUCAGUUUGGAGACUUUCCCAGGGGGCCACAACCUCCGCCCGGUCCGCCUCUAAUGAUGCGUCAGCCCCCGCAUUCCUCCAAUCCUCUCAACGCAAAUGCUCCUCCCCCGACUGAUUUUCACCACCCUUCUAUGCCCCCUGGGCCUCCUCCUCCUCAUCACUCUUAUGAUGCUCAUGCCGACAGUUAUGGUGCAAAGAGAAUGAGGAAAAUGGGACAAAGAAGAGCUGUUGACUAUACUAGUACUGUUGUACGAUAUAUGCAGGUUCGCAUGUGGCAACGUGAUUCAAGGGACAGAACUGUGUUGCAAGCUACCCCCGCAGCUGCAGUUGAUAUGCUACCAUCAGUUGGCUAUUCUGAUAAUCCAUCCACUAGUUUUGCUGCGAAGUUUGUUCAUACGUCCCUUAACAAAAACCGUUGUUCAAUCAAUCGUGUUUUGUGGACACCUACUGGGAGACGCCUUAUUACUGGAUCGGAAAGUGGUGAAUUUACUCUGUGGAAUGGACAGUCUUUUAAUUUUGAAAUGAUUCUUCAGGCUCAUGAUCAGGCAGUCAGGUCAAUGGUGUGGAGCUACAAUGACACUUGGAUGGUCACGGGUGAUGAUGCGGGUGCUAUAAAAUAUUGGCAGACUAACAUGAAUAAUGUAAAAGCCAAUAAAACAGCACACAAAGAAUCUGUACGUGAAUUAAGCUUCUGCCGAACAAAUGGGAAAUUCUGUUCAUGCUCUGAUGACACUACCGUUAAAGUCUGGGACUUCGCACGGUGCCAAGAAGAGAGUUCAUUAACUGGCAGGCCAUGGUUGGGAUGUGAAGAGUGUUGAUUGGCAUCCUACAAAGUCCUUACUUGUUUCAGGUGGAAAAGACAAUCUUGUUAAACUUUGGGAUGCCAAGUCAGGGAGAGAGCUGUGUUCAUUUCAUGACCACAAGAAUAAUGUUCUUUGUGUCAAGUGGAAUCAAAAUGGUAACUGGGUGCUUACUGCUUCUAAGGAUCAAAUUAUAAAGCUUUACGACAUUAGGGCCAUGAAGGAGCUUGAGUCAUUCCGUGGGCAUCAAAAGGAUGUUACUACAUUGGCUUGGCAUCCAUUUCAUGAAGAAUAUUUUGUUAGUGGGAGUUAUGAUGGUUCAAUAUUCCAUUGGCUUGUGGGGCAUGAAACUCCUCAGAUUGAAAUUGCAAAUGCACAUGAUAGUGGUGUAUGUGAUCUUGCAUGGCACCCGAUAGGGUAUAUUCUUUGCAGUGGUAGCAAUGAUCAUUCUACGAAGUUCUGGUGCAGAAAUAGGCCUGGGGAUUCUGCUCGUGAUAAAUUCAGCUUGAAUCAGCAAGGUGCCUAUGAUCAAAAUUCUGCUCUAGGCUAUAGGACUGGAAAUUUUGGAGGAUCUGAUUCAUCAUCAUCAACACCUGGAGUAUUUGCUUCCGGUUUGAUACGGAAUGAGGGCACAAUUCCUGGUGUUGGAGCCGCUAUGCCACUUUCUCUUCCCACUCUUGAUUCAUCGUCAUCAUCCCAAGAACAGAAAAAUUCUUUACCGGCCUCAAUGCCUUUAGGUGCUCCUCCACUCCCUCCUGGUCCCCACCCUUCCCUUCUUGCUGCAAAUAAUCAACAACAUGGUGGUUAUAACCAAAACCUUCAGCAAAUGAACUCCAUGCCACUUCACCCAUUACAGCCACCAUCUCAUAUGCCUAUGUUGCAGCAUCCUCAUUUACCCCGCCCCCCUCCUCAACUACAGCCUGGAUCUAUGCCCAUGCCAAUGCCUGGUCCGAUGGGAAUGCAAGGUAAUAUGAGUCAGAUGGGUCCUCCAAUGCCUCAAGGUCACUUUAUGGGGGGUCUGAAUGCACCACCUGGUGGGAUGCCAAAUGGGAGGCAAGGAAUGCAAGGGCCUCCUCCAAACACUGGCAGCAACCAAAUGUUUCAGCCUGGUGGAGGCUUCAACAGACCACAAGGCGGGCAGAUGCCACACAUUCCUGGGAUGAAUCCUUUUCAGUCAAUGCCCAGUACAUUUGGGAUGCAGUCUGGUAUGCCACCGCCACUACCUCCUGGCCCCCCUCCGCAUGCACAAGGACAGGGACAGGGACAAUGACAACAAUAGGAACAAAAUUGAUAUCAAAUAGUUCAGUUGUAGUUAUAUCGACUUUCCUUGAGAACGUUAGAGUUGCAGACUAUGACAUUGGCCUUUGGUUUCUAGUUGUAUAAUGUGUUUGGACUUUUUUUUUUUGCAAUUUCUAAUUUUUUUUAUCAUCUUUCUUGUAAUUGCAGUUUGAUUGCAUAUCAAUUUGAAAUGAGAAUAGUUUUUUGUUGCCUUUAAUACUCGG